AUGGCGAGCCCCGUACUUCACGAGCUGCCAGCGUUCGUGACGCGAGAGGCUUCAGCGCAGCACGGCCGCUUGCCAACGGCGCCGCCGGAUGCCGCUCUCGUGGGCACGAGGGCGCGUGAGCGCCUGGGCGCGGGCGCGCGCCUGUGCGCGACGGCGGAGAAAGAGCAGACGAAGUUGAAGUUCGAGGCGCUGAAGCGCACGAUCGAUGGUCACAUUUUCCGCUUAAACAGCGUGCUGGACGGCCCAGAUGUGAACUUCGAUCGACUCGCGGCAACCAUUCAGGCCAUGGACGUGGAGCUCCGGAGUGGCUUGGCGCCCAUGAGCUCAGCUCCUGCGGCGGACGGCGCCUACGAGGUGCUGCGCAGCAGCCUCAGCGAGACGCAGCGCCGGUGCCAGGACUUGAACAGCGAGAUGCUGCGUGUGGCGGAGGCCAACGAGGAUCUGCACAACACCCUGCGCUCGCUGAAGGCCACGAAUCGGCGCUUGGUGGAAGAGGUGCAGAAGCAGACCGAGGAGCUGAGCAGCCUCACGCAGCAGCGCCUGGCGGACAUGGAGAAGCUGUCACGGCAGGAGGAGAUGUUUAGCCGCGAGAAGGCGGUGUGGACCCAGGAGGCGCAGAAGACCUUGGAAGAAGAGCAGCGGAGGUUGGACGAGGACACAGCUGGCGUGUGGCGUGGCGUGCAGGUGGUGCUAGAGAUGGGUCGGUUUUGGUUUUGA